CACAUUGUUGGACAUCUGCUCUGAGUGUAUUACGUGGAAACCUUGUGCCUGGGAAGAUGGCAGAUUUGCAGAGCACAAUGGGGUGCAAAGUCCUUCUCGGCCUUGGUCACCAGAUGCUGCGGCGGAAGGUGGUGGACUGCAGCCGGGAAGAAAGCAGCAGGCUGUCCCGCUGUCUGAACACAUUUGACCUGGUGGCCCUGGGUGUGGGCAGCACUUUGGGCGCUGGUGUCUAUGUCUUGGCUGGUGCUGUGGCCCGUGACAAUGCCGGUCCUGCCAUUGUUAUCUCCUUCCUGAUUGCUGCACUGGCCUCCGUGCUGGCUGGCCUGUGUUAUGGCGAAUUUGGUGCUCGAGUCCCCAAGACAGGCUCGGCCUACCUCUAUAGCUACGUGACUGUUGGGGAACUCUGGGCCUUCAUCACAGGCUGGAACUUGAUCCUCUCCUACAUUAUUGGUACGUCAAGCGUGGCGAGAGCCUGGAGUGCGACCUUUGACGAGCUCAUAGGCAAACCCAUUGGGGACUUCUCACGGAAACACAUGGCACUGAAUACUUCUGGCAUUCUGGCUGAGAAUCCAGACAUAUUUGCGGUGAUUAUAAUCCUCAUCCUAACAGGACUUUUGACUCUUGGUGUGAAAGAGUCAGCCAUGGUCAACAAAAUCUUCACCUGCAUCAACGUUCUGGUCCUGGGCUUCAUAAUGGUGUCAGGAUUUGUGAAAGGAUCUAUUAAAAACUGGCAGCUCAUGGAGGAUUCCUGGAACACAUCCAACCCCAUCUGUGGGAAUAAUGACACCAAAGAGGGGAUGUUUGGUGUUGGGGGAUUCAUGCCCUUUGAGUUCUCUGGCGUCCUGUCUGGGGCAGCAACCUGCUUCUAUGCUUUCGUGGGCUUUGACUGCAUCGCCACCACAGGUGAAGAAGUUAAGAACCCCCAGAAGGCCAUCCCUGUGGGCAUUGUCGCAUCCCUCCUGAUUUGCUUCGUCGCCUACUUUGGGGUGUCUGCUGCCCUCACACUCAUGAUGCCCUACUUCUGCCUGGACCCAGGUAGCCCACUGCCGGACGCCUUCAAGCACGUGGGCUGGGAAGGCGCUAAGUAUGCAGUGGCUGUCGGCUCCCUCUGCGCCCUGUCCGCCAGCCUUCUAGGCUCCAUGUUUCCUAUGCCGAGGGUUAUCUAUGCCAUGGCUGAAGAUGGACUGCUGUUUAAAUUUUUAGCCAAAAUCAAUAAGAGGACAAAAACACCAAUUAUUGCCACACUAACCUCAGGUGCUAUUGCUGCUAUAAUGGCUUUCCUCUUUGACCUGAAGAAUCUGGUGGACCUCAUGUCCAUUGGCACUCUCCUGGCUUACUCUUUGGUGGCUGCCUGUGUGCUGGUCUUACGGUAUCAGCCAGAACAACCUAACCUGGUAUACCAAAUGGCCAGAACUACAGAGGAGCUCGAUCAAGUAGACCAGAAUGAGUUGGUGAGCACCAGCGACUCUCAGAUGGGCUUUUUACCAGAAGUGGAGACAUUUUCUCUGAAAGCCAUACUCUUACCCACAAACAUGGAGCCUUCUAAAUUCUCUGGGCUAAUUGUGAAUAUUUCAGCCAGUGUCAUAGCUGUUCUUAUCAUCACCUUGUGCAUGGUGGCCGUGCUUGGGAGAGAUGCUCUAGCCAAAGGAGAGCUGUGGGCAGUCUUUGUGGUUUCAGUGUCUCUACUCCUCUGUGUAGUAGUCACGGGCGUCAUCUGGAGGCAGCCUGAAAGCAAGACUAAGCUCUCAUUUAAGGUGCCCUUCUUGCCAGUGCUCCCCAUCCUGAGCAUCUUCGUGAACAUCUAUCUCAUGAUGCAGCUGGAUCAGGGGACAUGGGUCCGGUUUGCAGUGUGGAUGCUGAUAGGCUUUGUCAUCUACUUUGGCUAUGGGCUGUGGCACAGCGAGGAGGCAUCCCUGGCCGCUGACCAGGCAAGGACUCCUGAUGGCAACUUGAAUCAGUGUAAGUGACAUGCAGCCCUGCCCGCCCGAGGUGGUAGCAGCCGUGAGGGACAGCCACAUCGGACUGGGGAGCACCUCACACUCUCCACCAAUGUGACAGGAACCACCUGCAUCCCCAGUGCCGCCACAAGGUGCGUCUAAUUGAACUGCAGCCUCACCUACAGCCACCGUGGCCUGGCCAGAUGUGGCUGGUCACGUGUCUCCUCACUUCCUUCUGAACAAAGACAAGAGCCCCUGUCCUGGCCAGCUCAGCACCUCACUGCUGUGGCCCUGGCAGAAGGAAGUCCCUUCUUGUCCUUACCUGGAAGCAGCCCUCCCUCCCAGGCUGCCCAGGUAUUGCAAAGUGCACACUCCAGACCUGUAUUAGGCACCUCCCUCUCAGCUCCGACAGCCCGCCACUGAUGCAAGAC